AUGGAAGGACGCUGCCAAUGCGGCCAGAUCCGUUUCACGACACCGCUCCCUCGACCCUUGGAGCUGUACAUCUGCCACUGCACGGAGUGCCGGCACCAGUCGUCGUCGACAUACGGCAUGACGGCCAUCUUCCCCUAUUUCGACAUUCGGCAGUUCGCGCCCCAUCCGGGCGCCAUCGCCGUGUACGCGCGCCCCAACUCGCAGGGCUCCACGGAAGGGUAUUUCUGCACCGGGUGCGGCAGCCGGCUCGUCCACGUGCAUGUGUCGCGCGAGGGCAAGACUGCGCCCAUGUUGAGCGUCAAGGCCGGGUGUUUGGACGGGCUGACCAAGGAGAUGAUGAGGGAUGCCGUGCAUAUUUGGACGAGGUCCGCCGUCGUGGAUGUCCCGCCGGAAGCUGUGCAGUACGAGGAGGAGCCGCCUGGAGGGAGUUUUCAAGAGGAGUGA